AUGGGAGAUGCACAGCCGUACAUUGUCCGGGUGAUGGAAGAGAUGGGGCUCGCCGAUGGAGGCUUCAUUCCGAUCGCUAACGACGAGAACAAGCGGCUGCUGGAGUGUAUCAAGGUGCUGGGAGCUAGCAAGGAUGGUUCUUCGGGCCGGGUCCACACUAGUGACCACCGACUGGGCAACCUACGGGUUCACCUGAAGAACGCCCAGCUAGAGUUUGAUCAAAACUCGAAGCUUCUCGGGGCGGACAAGAGCCAAAUCACGACCGAGCAAGGCCUACUGAAGGUGGCCCAGAACAAUCGUUCCUUCUUCCGCCAGCAAGUGUCCGAGGCGAAGAAGGACCACUCGGAGUUGGAGAAACACGAUGAACGUUCGCAGGGGGACAUGAAGAAACUGGCCAUGAACGUGGAAAAGUACACCGAACGGAUCAAGUGGGCCAAAGGAGCGCUGGCUGAGUGGAAGCAGGUGAUGGGCGAAGGCGAAGGGACGAACAAGCUGAUCGAGCGGUACAGCAAGGCGGAUGUUAGCCGCGCCGAAGCGCUGGAGGCCAAGCGGAAGCAGUUGGAGGACAAAAUCUCGCGUCGCCGGACCACCCUGGUGACGCUGUACGAGGAGUACAAAUCGCUGGAGCAGGUGCUCGAGCGGACAUCGCAGCUAUUCCGCCAGGCGCACCUCGAACGGCGCCAGUUGGUCGCCACGUGGAAGGAAGCCGUCGAGCACAUGAACCAACGGGAGGAGAACAUCAAAUCGGUCGAGGCGGCCAUCGAUCGGGCUCGCGAACAGUCCGCGCUGCUCGAGGCCGAUCUGCAGGCUCAGGACGAGUUUCUGGAGGAGCAGCAGCGCAACAAUCACGAAAUUGAAGUCCGCAUCGGUGAGCUGAACGUGGAGGUGUCCAAGCAGCGGAACCGGCUAACCGCCCUGACGGACAGUGUCCAGCUGAAGACGAACGAGUAUCAGAUCACACGCAAAUCGGUGCAGAACCUAUCGAACAAACUCUCGUCGAUGCGCAACCGAAACCGGCACGCUCUGGCCAGCGAAGACGAGAAGGAAAAGCAGAUCCACACGAACCUGAGCGACUUGGAGCUGCUGCGGGACAAGCUGGACAACUUCCGCAGCAAAAGCCUGUGCGCCCAGGAGCGGCUGCGGCAGCUGAACGAGAUCGUCGAGACGGAAGAGAAGCAGAUCCGUGCGAUGGAAGCGGAAACGGCUCGCCUUUCGGCCGCCCUGUUCCGUGCCCAGCAGCAACUGUUUGCGAUGCGCGAAGAGGACAAGCUGCUGAAGGGCGAGGUCCACUCGACGGAGUCGGGCAUCGGCAAGAUCCUGGCGGCAGUUAAAAAUCUCAAAAAGGAGAUCGUCCGACAGAUCGAAAUUUCGUACAACGUGGACUACGGUAUCGAGAAGGUACAGGCACGGAUUGCGCGCAUGAAGGGGGCCGCCCACACGCAGGAAGGCGCGAACCAGUCCCACGCCAAGUUGGUACGGGCGGAAACGAAUCUGCAAGCGCAGCGUCAAGAGUUGGCCCAGCUGCUGGGGCAGAUUGCCAAGCUGCAGCAAGACUUCCGGCAGUCGAGCCUGGUGUACCAGCAGGAUGCGGCCGAAAUCGAGCGCAUGACGGGCAAGUGGAAGGAAAAGACGCUCAUCGUGGAGGGUGGCGAAAAGAAGGUACGCCAGGGCACGGCCGAGAACCAGGAGCGGCUGGUCGAGAAGAGUUUGCUCAAGAUGCGCAUCAAGCAGAUGGAACGCCGGCUCGAGCAUCAGGGUGACAAAAUGUACACGCUCGAGCGGCACCGCAUGGAGCUGGAAGCGGCCAUCAGCGGACGGGUGGUCGAUAUUGCCGCCCAGAAGGACAUGCUGCUGCUGAAGCGCAAGUACCUGGCCGACGAGCGGGCCCAGCUGCGGGCCGACAUUAGCGAGCGCGGGCUGAAGAUCGAGCAGCUGAAGAAUCGGUACGAUUUGUCGCUCGAUUUGCUCGGUAAAAACGAGGACGGAUCGAUCGUGACGGCGACGCAGAUCAAGAUACAGACGGCCCAGGAAAAGUACAUGCUGCUGCGCGAGGGCAGCGAGCUGAACGUGAAGAUUCUGAGAGCCGAAGAGGACCUGAAGGCACUGGAGAACACGGUCAAGGUGAUGAACUUUGCGAACGAAAAGUACAAACGCGGCUUCCAGAAGGUGGACGACGACGACAACCCGGACCUGGUCGCGAUGGAAGCCAUCCAGGCCGAUUACGGGAAGGCGGUGGCUGCGCUGAAGAACGUUCGCUCGGAUCUGGCCGCGAACACGGAGAAUCUGCACGAUCUGAACGAGUGCCGCGAGCAGAACGAUAAGGCCCUGGAGCAGGCGCAGAAGGUACGGCUCGACCACAACGACGUACUGUUGCGCAUCCAGAAGGAACUGCUCGAUCAGCGCACGAAGAUUCAGCGUGCCGAGCGCGAGCUGAAGCUGGCCAUAAAGGCGGCCAAAGCGAAGACCAACGACGACGAUCUGAUGAUGAUCUUCCAGAAGGACCUCAACCUGAAGGAGCUCGAAGAACGCAACGGACUCGCGCUGCAACAUUUGGCCGAUCUGGUCGUGCACAACUCGGAGCUGGCCGCUUCGGUCAACAAGCACUGCUACGAACGGGGCCUUCGGUUGCCCCUCAUCAAGCGCACCAAGAGUCAAAUUUCGUGGAGAAGCGAACAUUCGCAGUGCACCGAGUACAGUGGCCGUGUCGAUACGGUUUCCUCGAAGCAGGCCUCCCGGCUAUCGACCUGUGCCAGUACCUCGUCACGGAACACCGACUCCUCGGCCGACGAUAUUGCCAAAUCGUUCGACAAUCGCAUGAGCGCUGGACUGUCCGUCAUUCUCAUCGACUUUCCCGGCAGCAAGGGUGGCAAGGCUGGUCCCGGCGGAGCUGCUCCGAAGAAGUAG